GCCAUUUAUGUUUUCUUUAAACUUAUGUUUAUUUUGAUCGCUCACCACUUGGGGGCGCUGCUGGGUUUAUAGGUGGCUGUAAGGUUGUAGUAGGGAUACGGGGGUUGGCGAGGAAGUCAACAGUAUUUUGACCGUAUGGUUAGCGGGACAUUUAAAGAUCUUGAGCGCUGGUACUGCUGCUGUUGGAUUAUGUGCUACCUGCCAACUUAAGAACAAUAAAUGGAUUGGUAUAUCCAAAGUUUCAAGAGGUAUGGACUUUGUGGUAAUUCCUGCUAAACUGAACGAGUCAAAUCCGCUACCGCCAGCUCUCUUUCUCAUUAUGUGGUGGCUUAGGUCAAUUUCGUUUGUUUUGUUUAAAAGUCACUACAUUUUUUAAGUCAAAAUACUGACUACGCUAGAAUUGGAUGCGGACUGUUUGCUGAAGUGCAGUUGCUGCUUCGUUUGAGCACGGACUGCUACAGGAGAAUGGUCUUGGGCGUUUGGAAAUGGAAACGGAACAUGGGACUGCGACAGCUUCGUUUGGGUGGAGACUAAUGGAGGCUCUGUGGGACCCAGAGGCUGGACCGGUGAAAUAAGUCUGCACAGAUUGCGGCGAUUGGUAACGCUUCAUGAAAGGAAGGAAGGAAGGAUUGUUCGUGUGAGUGCGGCGGUCUGACUGAUCGUUGGAUAUGGAGAACAUUUGUUUGGAACACUGGCCGAGCAGCAGCUGGUGCAGCUGGCAGGGGAGAGAAGGCUGCAGGAUGCUCAGGUGACCCAUGAUCCAGUGGCCUUCCCAGGAUCCCACCAAAGCUAUCCUUGGAUGACCCUUCCCUCUUGGACUAUUCCGCGCCCUGUCUCCCUCAAUGCCAGCUCUCAUGGGGUGCAGAAACCUACCAUGGCGGCUGCCAGUGUGUCUAUGCCAGGGUCCACGGACACCAGCCUGGGCUUUGAUGACUACAGUCUCUACAGUAACCUAUCUGAUGAUGAGCUCAUGCAGCUGGCAAUCGAGCGCAGCCUCACAGAUUCCCAAAGCUUUACCUCCAGAACUGAAACCACAAAGACCUCCAUCCCCACAAGCAGGCAAACACCAGCAAUUGCAUGCCCGCCUCAGCCAUCACCCCCAGCAGCUGUGCAGCAGCCACGGCAGCCUACUCCAGAGCCAUGCCCGGCCAACCCACCCAGGAACUUGUAUAACCCACAGAUUCCUCUUAUAGUUAGUCACUUUGUCACCGGCAAUGGCAAACGAAUGGUCGCAUAUCGCAGAUACGAUGGCACACUGGUAGAAGUGAAGCCAGAGGCUGAAGUAGAAGAGGAUCCUAUUGUGAAGACUAUUCGAGAUGGAGACGUGGGCACCUUACGGCAAAUCAUCAAAAAGCCAGACUGCAAUGUUCUUAUACCAAACCAAUAUGGAUGGAUUCCUCUUCAUGAGGCUGCAUACUAUGGCCAAGAUCAAUGUCUUAAAGUGCUGCUGAGAGUACAACCUGGGAUGAUUAACAAGCGCACUUUGAAGGAUCAGACUGCUCUUCUCCUGGCUGUGUCCAAGGACAAGACAGACUGUGUGGAAUGUCUUCUUGAGAAAGGUGCUGACCCAGAUCUUGCGAACCAGGACAAAGAGACACCCCUGUAUAAAGCUUGUGAGAAGGAGAACUCCACCACUGUCGCCAUGCUGCUGAAUUACAGAGCCAGUGUGAACAAGAGCUGUAUCCAAGGCUGGACUGCUCUCCAUGAGGCUGUGUGCAGGAAUAAUGUGGAGAUCUGUGAGAUGCUGGUGAAGGCAGGUGCCAAAAUCAGCACGGCCAACAUGUACGGCAUCACACCCAUCUUUGUAGCAGCUCAAACUGGAAGUGUGGAUGCACUUCGGUUCCUCUUGAAAAAUGGGGCAGACAUCAACAGCCAGGCAGCAGAUGGAGCCACAGCACUGUACGAAGCCUGUAAGAAUGGUCAUGCGAACGUUGUGGAGUUCCUUCUGUCUCAAAACGCGGAUGCCAACAAGUCAGGCAAGACUGGACUGCUGCCAAUACAUAUUGCUGCUCAGCGUGGAAAUGAUGGCCGUGACCUCCUCACUUACGGGUGUACCCGCAAAAGUGACAAGGCGGUUAAAAUCGUGUCCUUGCUGAUUCCGGCCACCAGUAAAGCCCGAGUGAGGCGCACUGGCAUUAGCCCGCUGCAUCUGGCCGCAGAACGCAACAGGGACGACGUCUUGGAGCUUCUGAUUGAGGCUGGCUUUGACGUCAAUGCCAUUCUGUCUGAGGACCGCAGAAAGAUGUAUGAAGAUCACCGCAGCACUGCUCUAUACUUUGCUGUCAUUAACAACAACAUUGAUGCAACCAGUAUGCUCCUGGAAGCCGGUGCCAACCCAAACCUGGACACCUUCAGCCCUCUGUUAGUAGCCUUGAGGCAAGGCUGCAUGACCACUAUGACAUUACUGAUUAAGCACGGCGCAAACAUUAAUGCGUAUAUCCCAACGCACCCCACCACCUUUCCAGCUACUGUAAUGUUCUGCAUGAAGUACCUCUCAAUGCUCAAGUAUCUAAUGGACAAUGGCUGUGAUGCUUUAUCAUGUUUUAACUGCGUCUACGGCAGCAACCCUCAUCCACCUUUGAAGACCACACGCAGUAACAGAGAGGACAGUGAGCCACAGAGUGUCUGUGUUCAGUUUUGUGAGGUGAUCUCCACUAACACUUACAGCCGGUGGGCAGGACCCAUCAUAGACGUGCUGUUGGACUACGUUGGUCAUGUCAAACUUUGCGCCCGGCUCAUGGAACACUUGGACAGCUACCCAGACUGGGAAAGCAUCAAGGAGAAAGCAAUGCCUCCACGUCCACUGAUGCAGCUCUGCAGACUCAAGAUCCGCCAGCUGCUCGGCAUAAAGAGACUGAAAAAAAUAAAAAGGCUGCCCGUCCCUGGACGACUGAUCAAAUUCCUGAAUCACGAGGAACGCACACAAGACUAUUUUGGGUCUGAACUCUAAUCAGAAGAAGGGAAAUAGAAGGAAACAACAUCCAGCGUAUCACUGGAAACAUCUGGAGAAUUUACUGUGCAUUUAGCUCACUCAUAUUACAGCAUAAAUGCAUUUUGUGUGUAUAUAUUUUUCAAACUUUUUCAAUGUAAAUAGCAGCAGGAAUGAUAUGACAAUGUUGUAAUGUAGACAAUGGCCUUAGUUAUUAAAUAGUAAUUUAUUUCUUCAUAGUUUUCUUAGGUAACAGUGGUGGAGUUUAGCGAAACCAUUGCUUUAAUCAAUAUAGUGGUCAAGUUAAAUAAUGUGCUUAAUUUUAUUUUGUAAAAUACAAGUAAUUCUUUAACUGGUGAAGUUGAUUUUUUCCACUGAAAUCUAAAUUCCAAAAGUUUGACUCUGCAUAAUUUUUUUUUUUUUUAUGCAAAUUGAAGUCAAAAAUCUUAAAGAGCUCUAAUGACAAAGAGGCAUCUGAUCCAUGCAGUUUCUAUUUGUUUAAAGUUUAACUUUCAGUCUUGUUUCAUUUCUUCACCACUGGUUAAGACAAGAGCUGUAUGAUUAGUUGUAUUGCACUUUGGUUAAUAAUUUUAGGGUCUUUAUUUGUCAAAUAAUUAGAAAAAAGCUUACUUUUUAGGCGAGGUUGAAGGUUUAAAGCUGUGUGAAUGAAGUUAAACAACUGAGAUUUGAUUUAUCAGGCCUACUGUGAAAUACAGAGCAGGAUUUCCACAUUCAGUUCUUCAAGCACUUACAAACUCAUCUCUUCACUUGCUAUUUAGCACCAAGGCCUAUAUUAGCAAUUUCUGUACAAUAUAUUAAACCAACCACAGACCAUAUUAUCUGCCCAGUGACUUAAGUCCUAAAAUUCAGAGGUUCUGAGUGUGGACACUAACAGGUACUAACAAAGAAACAUUUUUAACACUGACAGUUGUGGAUUUAUGUGAGUUCACUCCUUAAUUCUGUGCAUAAAAAGAAAAUGAUGACCAAAUAUAUUCAUGUGGUAACAGAUGUGCCUACUGUGUGAAUUUGCUGGUUUUACUGAAAUUACUUGAAGAAGCCUACAUAUAGAGACAUCUAGUAACUAUUUAUUAAAAUGUAUUAUGAGUAUUA